GCACAGAGAGGGUAGCGGAGCGGGGCACGCGCGACCCCGCGCUGAGUCCGUUGUUGCAGCGCCUGGCUGCGCUCCCGCAGGAUCACAAUGGAUAUUACAAGGGGAAACUUGGAUGAAAUUUCAAGGCCUGCAUCUAGCUCAAGAGUACAUCCUGUAAGCAGAGCUUUAAGUGCAUCUUUGGAGGUUCUAACACCAGAGCCAUGCUUGUCAAAGGUUUCUUCACCAAUUGAUCAUAAAGAAGACAAUUCACGAAACAGCAGUGUAGAGGAAGACAAAGAUGAUGAUAGCGAGAAGCAUGAAAUGAAGAAAAUGAGAAUAUCACCACAGACUUCUGAGGGGGAAAUUAACUGCAUUUUCCAGCAGCAGAUACAAAAUGCUAAUGAGCGUCCAGCAAAUUCUACCAAUCUAGAAAAUACUGAAGAGAAGGAUAUAGAUCCUCGGAUUCAAGAAGCGAUAAAGAAGAUGAAUAAAUUGGACAAGAUACUGGCAAAGAAACAAUCUAGAGAAAGAGAAAUUAAAAAACAAGGCAGAGAAGUGAGGGCAAAACUUUGGGAAGAACUUCAGUCUGUAACCUCACUAAGUGCUUCAGGAACUCAAGAGGAGAUAGAAAAUACAAACAAAUUUUUAGCUUUGACCGCCUCAUUGCAGGAGACCAUUGAUCCUUCCCAUUCUGAAGAAAAUGAAAUAUUUAUUUCAGUAUUUCACACACAAAUUAAUUCAGAAGAUUACGACCGCAAUGAAAAGCAAGCUGUACAGGACCAUCUAAAUGAAACUGAAACAAGUGGCUCACUGAAAAUAACAGGAAAAUCACAUCAUAAAAGUGACACCAAAAGUAAAAAUACUCAAGAUUUUAUUAAAAAGAACAUCGAGCUGGCAAAGGAUUCAGGGAGCCAACUGGUUAUGCUACCGGAAGAGAAGAAAAGAUUGGUUGAACUGUUGAAAGAUAUAGAAGACAAUGGCAGUGAACUUCAAGGCAUUGAGGAAGAUGUGUCUGGUUGGCUAAUACCAGGAGAAGGGUACACACCUGAACCAAUGGAAUAUCAUCACCUAAAUGAAAUAGAUGCUAAACUCCAAGUAGUACUCUCUAAUGGAGAUCUCUCUGCAAGUCACAGCUCCUGCUCAAAAGUCCCAAGCCAAAUUUAUCAGGCAUCUCUGGCUUAUGCAAAUAGAAGUUUGGAAGCAGUUCCAGGUGAGAAGGCCUUGCGAGACACACAUGAGCAACGUGAGCAACAAAACCGACUUAAAGAGAUUAAUCAACAGCUGAAAAAUCUGGAGGGAAAUCUUCCUGAAGAACUACCAUGUCUCUCUGAAGGGCAGCUGGUGACUCUUCUGGAAGAAUGUAUGCAGUUCCCAAGAACAGUAAGCAAUGUUACCGUGCCAGAAUUACAGGAAUCUCUUUCUGAUGGAAUAAGUCCCUCUUGUUACGCAACUCAAGACUCCACCCUGCUCUCCAGGUCUACCCUAUCCAAACUGUUAGAUGAAGCCCGUAGUGUGGGGAUGUUAACAGCUCAGGAGAGGGCUGGCAUCGAAGAUAAAAGUAUAUGUGAAAGUGCAGAGAGUGAAACCUGUGGCUACUAUCUCAGUAAAGCUUUGGCCAUUAGUCAUUCAUCAAAUCAUGAUUCUGUGGCCCAAAUAGAAGAACCUGAUGACCUAGAAAGUUCACAGGAGAUGGAGAAUAAGAAUAAUACUGAAGGUUACUUUAUGUCAAGAGCACUCAGCGCAAAAAGAUUGAAAAAACCCUCUUUCUUGGAUGAACUAUUUUAUUGCAUCAGCAUGAACAAUGAGCUAUCCACAGAAGCUGACAUUCCCAGCAUACCAUUGCAGACCAGAGGAGAUGAUUUGAAGAUUGAAGAUGUGGCAGCAGAGUAAUAUACAUACUCCAACUUACAGUCAUUUUUAUAAAACAUUGGUAAACUACACUUCAGUGUUUUUCAUUAGUACAUGAUCAUUUCAGACUCUGAAUACAGUGCAAUCGUCAUGCAUAUAUACACUGCGUACCAUAAUUAUUACUGUGAAAUAGUUUCUUCUUACAGAGAAAGUUAUUAUUGUCAUGCAUUGCAGUUUGAGUUCUAAAGGAAAAAUAUUCCACUUGAGUUUCUGGUGAAUAUUUUACAUAAUUACAUAUUUUACAUAUUGUUCAGUGUUUUACCAGCAAUGUACGUUUUUUCAACAUACAGUAGUAGAUAUAAUCACAAAGUUGUAUUGAAUUCAGUAAAAUUGAGUAUGAACUUUGUAAAAAUAUGACAUGUCAAUUCUAAUAAUCUAUUUUUUUCUUUUUUUGCAUACACUUUACUGUUUUGAAGAAAAAUGGCUAAAAUCUGACUGCAUCUGUUCCUGUCUGCAGUGGAGUUGUUUGUGAUACAGACUGGAUUCUGUAAAGUGGUGAGCACUCUGUCCCUGAGUCAACAAAGUGCAUAAUCAUUUGCUUAUUUUUAAACGAACAAUAAUUGACAUCAACAGGACUACUCCUAUGCAUAUAGUUAAGUAUGUGCAUAAGUACUUUGCUAGAGUGCUCAUCACUUUGCAGGAUUAAGCAAUAGGUGAAGAUAAGAAUUUAAUCAUGUGGCAAGUAGCCUUAGGUUCUAGCUGAAGUACAGUGGUUUCCCCAAGAAUUGAAAUUAGGGGGGGGUGUUUGAAUUUACGGGGGGUCGAUGUCAGGGCUGAUGAGGGGUGAGACUGUGAGGUUGAAGGUGGGCUAUAUGGCAUCAUAGUAAAAACUGAAAAAUGUUUCAUGACCAUUUUAUUAGAUUUAACUCAUGUUUUUAAAUCAUCA